AUGCGAUCAUUAAUAUUAGCGCCGCGAACCACGCCGGAAAUCCCCGUCGAUUUCCGUGCACCACCGCCAUCUCCGGUAGCAUCCGGCCGUAGAUCUACCGUAACAAACAACGAGUUUCUGACCGAGUUUUUGGAAACCUCGCUUCGAGUUCCAGAUCUAGUGUUACCGAACAAGAUUUUCCCGAGGCAAAGCAAUCACGAAACGCCACCGAAAGUCGAUUUCGUUUCACUGUGUUUCCACGAGGAUGAAGAUCUAAUCGACGUCGUUUCGGACUCCAUAGCCAGUUUUGGAUGCUUCCAGCUUAUCAACCAUGGAAUAUCGCCGCGAAUUAUGGCUGCUGCAGUCGAGGCAGCCAGAGGAAUAUUUCUUGUGCCGCCGGGAAAGCGAAAAGUAGUAUCGAGAUCGCCGGAGAAGCUUUGGGGUUUCGAGGUGUAUCAUGAAGGAGAUGAUGAGGGAAGUGAAUUGAAUGAAGAAUUUAUUUGGUGCAAAGAUGAAGAGUUGAAGUUGAAAUUGAAGGGAAUUUGGCCUAUUGGAUAUCCUAAUUUUAGCAAGAAGAUAGAAGUUCUAGGGUCACGUGUGGAGAAGGUGGCAGAGAAAUUAUUUCCUAUCAUAUUGAAAAAUGUUCCUAAGAAAUUAGCAAGUGAUGGUGGUAUAAUUGGCCAUGGACAUGAAGUUGGGACACUUUGUUGCAUUUACAAGCAUCCGAGAGAUGUUAAUAGGAAUGAUCAAUGGGUUGACUCUUUGAAAUAUGAUGUGAUUAGGAUGCUGAUUAGGGGAACUGAUUACUCUCAUUCUUUUUGUUUGCAUGUGUGUGAUGGUUCUUCAGAGUUUCAUGUUUACUCAAAGAAAAGUUGGUUGUCUUUCUGUCCUGAACAAGGUGCUCUUGUUAUCACUGCCGGAGAUCAAUUACAGAAAUUGAGUGGUGGACACUACAAGGAUGUGAUUGGAAAGGCAAUCUUUAAAGGAAAAAGAGAAGACAAUAUUUCAAUGGCUUUCCUCUAUUCUACUCAAAACAUCGAGAGAAAAAUUCAAACCAAUAGAGAAAGAACCAUUUCAAUUAGCCAACAAGCCAUCUUUGGUGUAAUUUUGACACUCAUGUACCAUGUACUCAUUUUUGUCUUGAAUUGUUUUUGA